AUGCCUACAGUAGAAGAGUCCUUCAGGCCUAAGGGUGGAGACUACCCAAAAUCAGUACAAUCUGCAGCCUCAAAAGUGCCAACUACGAGAUCCAAAUCAUCCACACGUCGAUCUUCUAAAAGUGCAACAACUUCACCCAGACGACUUACACCUCAAGAUCCGAAGACUCAAACAACCAAUACACUUGUGGAUGACUAUAACAAGAGAAGACGACCCGGCGCUACCGGCACGCAUGCACAAUCCAGCAGUGGAUCUGUAGCUUCAAGUAAGCCAGGCCGACUAGCGAGGCUUCUCAAGGGCCUUUCCAGCAGCGGUAAGGGUUCAGAUAGCCAGCAUAGAGCCCCCAGAUCAGCAGCUUCCAGCUCUAAAGCUCCUGCCUCUGUGCAUGCGUCCGAACGUGGACCCAUGGAUUCCAGUAACAUGCAUCUACAAAGAUUAUCAGGCGCUCCUGAAUUCCCAAAUGAUCAAAACGCCCGUAUAGAAUCAUGGCGCGAAGCUGUAGUUCCAUAUAAACAUGAACAAAAAGCUUUGGUGCCAUUUGAGCAACCGAGAAAUUCGGCAUCUACAAUCAAAUAUCUACAGCCCGAUAACCGUGUAGUUUUGUUUAAGCCAUCUGAAGAAGCUGCAUCCUGCAGCGCUCUAGUUUUGCAUAGAACAAAGGAAAACCAACAAUCUUCAUCCGUCCUGCGACGUGACGAUCACGCAACUCGAGUUGCACGUAAACAUCACGCCAAAUCGAGAUCGGAAUAUAGUCAAUCGCGUUCUGGCAGGUCAUCCAGAAGUUCUCGUGCUCUGAGUAUAGAUGGAAAUCGCAGUGAGAGGCAAGAACGACCGCGACGAAGACAAUCCUCUCAUAGGUCCAGCACUCGACCUGAACAUCCACCUCCGCCUCCACAAUUUCAAGGUCCUCGGGCUCCGGAUCAACCUCCACCAGGACCAACAUCUGCUCCAAGAUAUAGAGAAAGAGCGCCACCAAGACCGCUACGUGAAUCUUGCAUACCACAAUCUCUCACAGAGCAUCUACAGAGACCACCACCUCCUUUGUCUUGCACAUCACCCAUUUGUUAUCCACAAGAUGGAAUUCCAGAUUUUGAAAGAGAGAAAUUAGUUACAACGCAAAGGCUUGUUGAAGCUACUGAGCAACUUCGUGUAGAAAUGGAGAGACACAACGAUAACGCAGAAGCUAUGCGCUAUCAGACCCCCAUGUACUUUGGUGGAUUUUCGUUUCUUCCAACCUUUAAUAAUCAGUGA